CCCGUGAGCUGGGUUUUUUGGCUUAAGUGAAAGGAGCAGGGAGAAGGAAAGCACCAUCUGCUGCUUUGAAUUAAUAGAUAACGGAGAAGCAGGAAGGAAGACUGCGCGACAGAGUAAACGCAUUAGAUGUUGAUGCACUCAGUUCUUAGGGUGUCUUUGAUCUUGGGGUCCCCAAUCCUCCCAGAUCUUCCAGCGAGCCAUAAUGGAGGAAGGGCUCAGCAACCAGAAACCCUUCUGUUUCUACGGUAGGCUCACCUCAGCAUAAAGUAUUACCAGUUCUUGGAAUUGAAGAAUGCAGAGUAACCAGGGGCGGGGGGUUCUACUUAAAUAGUUGAGCUGCAUGGUCGACACACCAAUCCGCUCAGAAUUGGAUUCACUUGUAUUUUAAUGAGGGUGGGCGUAAAUUGCUGGCAUCAGAGUUUACACAGGUGGAACAAAUGGGCUGCGCAGCCCCACUGCCCCCGUGCCCCAAGUGUGAAGAAAGCUGGGGAUAGGAAAUAGCCUCCUUUCACGUGUAAGAUCUUGCCGACUUCCUCUUAGUGAGACCUCUGAAUUGAGUCUCCAACAGCCUACUCUUCGCUGACAAAAAGUCAUCACUCGUUUGUCUAUUUCCUCCUCCCGCAAGAACUUUUUGUCCGCGGGAGGGGGAGAGAGGUCGAAGCCAGGAGAGCUGGGCAUCAAGGAGGAAAUUAUCCACAAAGGGGUGGGAGUGAGGAGAGCGGGAAAGCAUUAGGGUCAGUACGGAAGCUCUGAGACUUCGGGGCAUGCUCUGCGCUCUCCCCGCUCCAGCCCUCUGCAGCCACGUUUUACGCCGCGGACAGGGGAGAGUUAAGCCAAUAAACACGUAAGCGCCGCUCCCUCCCCAAUCGGCAAGAUGCCUCUUCGGCUCUAGGCUGCACCGACAGCUUGCAACACUCGGCAUCUUUUCUGGAGGCGCCUCCUUCAGCGGCUGCAGAUGGCAUCCGGCUGCGGGCUCGGGGCUCGCAACUGACUCUCCCCCUUGCCCACCUCGGGUCCACGGACGCAACCCGCCCUUCCCCUCCUCCCCUCGUGCUUCUGAGUCUGAGCCCAGCUCUCGAACGCCGGGCGGAGGAAGCAGUCGCGGCGGCCGAGGCUGAGCAGCAGCGCGCUCGCUCCCUGAUUUGGGGAGAAGCGGCCAUCCGGGAGAGCCGACCCCCAGCUGCCUCCAGCGCCCCCCACCUUUUGCACCCCAAGCCAGGGGCUCCAGGGACACCCCCUCCCCAGGCGCCACCAUGCUGGACCCUUCAUCCAGCGAAGAGGAAUCGGAUGAGAUCUUGGAGGAGGAGAGCGGCAAGGAUGUGCUCGGCUCGGCCGCGUCCGGCGCGCGCCUGUCUCCCAGCCGCACCAGCGAAGGCUCGGGCGGCGGCGCCGGGCUGGGGGGCGGCGGCGGUGCCGGCGCCGGGGCCGGGGUUGGCGCCGGCGGCGGCGGGGGCAGCGGCGCGAGCAGCGGCGGCGGGGCCGGGGGGCUGCAGCCCAGCAGCCGCGCCGGUGGCGGCCGGCCCUCCAGCCCCAGCCCGUCGGUCGUGAGCGAGAAGGAGAAGGAGGAGUUGGAACGGCUGCAGAAGGAGGAGGAGGAGAGGAAGAAGAGGCUGCAGCUCUAUGUGUUCGUGAUGCGCUGCAUCGCCUACCCCUUCAACGCCAAGCAGCCCACCGACAUGGCUCGCCGGCAGCAGAAGAUCAGCAAACAGCAGCUGCAGACAGUCAAGGACCGGUUUCAGGCUUUUCUCAAUGGGGAAACCCAAAUCGUGGCUGACGAAGCCUUUAUGAAUGCUGUCCAGAGUUACUACGAGGUGUUCCUGAAGAGCGACCGCGUGGCCCGCAUGGUGCAGAGUGGAGGCUGCUCCGCCAACGACUCGCGGGAGGUCUUCAAGAAGCACAUCGAGAAGAGGGUGCGCAGCCUGCCCGAGAUCGACGGCCUCAGCAAGGAGACCGUGCUGAGCUCCUGGAUGGCCAAGUUUGAUGCCAUUUACCGCGGGGAGGAGGACCCCAGGAAGCAGCAGGCCCGGAUGACGGCCAGCGCAGCUUCCGAGCUCAUUCUGAGCAAAGAGCAACUCUACGAGAUGUUCCAGAACAUUCUUGGGAUCAAGAAGUUCGAACAUCAGCUCCUGUACAAUGCCUGUCAGCUGGACAAUCCAGAUGAGCAAGCAGCCCAGAUCAGACGAGAGCUGGAUGGACGUCUCCAAAUGGCAGACCAAAUAGCCAGGGAACGCAAAUUUCCCAAGUUUGUAUCCAAAGAAAUGGAAAACAUGUACAUUGAAGAGCUGAAGUCAUCCGUCAACCUGCUCAUGGCUAAUUUGGAGAGCAUGCCAGUUUCCAAAGGCGGCGAGUUCAAGCUUCAGAAACUCAAACGCAGCCACAACGCUUCCAUCAUCGACAUGGGUGAGGAGAGUGAGAACCAGCUCUCCAAGUCAGACGUCGUGUUAUCUUUCUCCCUGGAGGUGGUGAUCAUGGAAGUCCAAGGCCUCAAAUCCUUAGCUCCAAAUCGCAUUGUAUAUUGCACGAUGGAGGUGGAAGGAGGAGAGAAACUACAGACUGACCAGGCCGAGGCUUCAAAACCAACCUGGGGCACCCAGGGUGACUUCUCUACGACCCACGCACUGCCCGCUGUGAAGGUGAAGCUGUUCACAGAGAGCACAGGAGUCCUGGCCUUGGAGGACAAGGAGCUGGGACGGGUUAUUCUCCAUCCCACCCCCAACAGCCCCAAACAGUCAGAGUGGCACAAAAUGACAGUCUCCAAAAACUGCCCCGAUCAAGACCUCAAAAUCAAACUUGCUGUCCGAAUGGAUAAGCCUCAAAACAUGAAGCAUUCUGGGUAUUUAUGGGCCAUCGGUAAGAAUGUCUGGAAGAGAUGGAAGAAAAGAUUUUUUGUCUUAGUGCAGGUGAGUCAGUACACGUUUGCCAUGUGCAGUUACCGGGAGAAAAAAGCGGAGCCUCAGGAACUUCUCCAACUGGAUGGCUACACUGUGGAUUACACGGACCCCCAGCCAGGUUUGGAGGGUGGCCGAGCCUUCUUCAAUGCAGUCAAAGAAGGAGACACCGUGAUAUUUGCAAGUGAUGAUGAGCAAGAUCGCAUUCUCUGGGUCCAAGCCAUGUACCGGGCUACCGGGCAGUCACACAAGCCUGUGCCCCCAACCCAAGUCCAGAAACUCAACGCCAAGGGAGGGAACGUGCCUCAGCUGGACGCCCCCAUCUCCCAAUUUUACGCAGAUAGAGCUCAAAAACAUGGCAUGGAUGAAUUUAUCUCUUCCAACCCCUGUAACUUUGACCACGCUUCCCUCUUUGAGAUGGUGCAACGUCUUACUUUGGAUCACAGACUUAAUGAUUCCUAUUCUUGCCUGGGCUGGUUCAGUCCUGGCCAGGUGUUUGUACUAGACGAGUAUUGCGCCCGCAAUGGAGUCCGAGGGUGUCACCGACAUCUCUGUUACCUCAGAGAUCUGCUUGAACGGGCAGAAAAUGGCGCCAUGAUUGACCCCACCCUCCUUCACUAUAGCUUUGCGUUCUGUGCAUCCCACGUCCACGGGAACAGUCAACAAAUGCAUGCGUACCUUAGUGGGCUGACACCAAAUACAGACCCUGAAGGGAGCAAAACUCCCUCCCCAUCUGAACCAGAGGCUAAAAAAGAUACCAAAAAGGAAUCCAAAAAAAGAAAAAAUCCCAAAACCCAGGCAAAUCCAGAGCCCAAAAGGCCUGAUGGAAUUGGAACUGUGACUGUUGAAGAAAAGGAACGUUUUGAAGAAAUCAAAGAGAGACUCCGAGUUCUGUUGGAAAAUCAGAUUACACAUUUUAGGUAUUGCUUUCCAUUUGGUCGACCUGAAGGUGCUUUGAAAGCUACCCUCUCACUCUUGGAAAGGGUCUUGAUGAAAGAUAUUGUUACCCCAGUACCACAAGAGGAGGUGAAAACAGUCAUCCGCAAAUGUCUAGAGCAGGCUGCUUUAGUCAACUAUUCUCGGCUGUCAGAGUAUGCCAAAAUCGAAGGGAAAAAGAGAGAAAUGUAUGAGCAUCCUGUCUUCUGCUUGGCCUCCCAAGUGAUGGAUUUAACCAUUCAAAAUGUAGGCCGGUUAAUCACUCCUGCCAAAAAGCUGGAAGACACAAUACGUCUUGCUGAACUAGUCAUUGAAGUUCUUCAGCAAAACGAGGAACACCAUGCAGAGGGGAAAGAGCCACAUGUUGAUAAAGGAGAAGCCUUUGCGUGGUGGUCAGACUUGAUGGUGGAACACGCCGAGACGUUCCUGUCACUCUUUGCAGUGGACAUGGAUGCAGCGCUAGAGGUGCAGCCCCCAGACACGUGGGACAGUUUUCCACUGUUUCAGCUGCUGAAUGAUUUUCUCCGGACCGAUUAUAAUUUGUGCAAUGGAAAAUUUCACAAACACCUGCAAGACCUGUUUGCCCCACUUGUGGUUAGAUAUGUGGAUUUGAUGGAGUCCUCAAUUGCACAAUCCAUUCACAGGGGCUUUGAGCGGGAGUCAUGGGAACCAGUCAAGAGUUUAACCAGUAAUCUACCCAAUGUGAACCUACCCAAUGUGAACCUUCCCAAAGUACCAAAUCUACCAGUUAACAUCCCUCUAGGCAUCCCACAAAUGCCUACUUUUUCGGCACCGUCAUGGAUGGCUGCUAUAUAUGAUGCUGAUAACGGAUCAGGCACUUCAGAAGAUCUGUUCUGGAAACUUGAUGCCCUUCAGACCUUCAUUCGGGACUUGCACUGGCCUGAAGAAGAGUUUGGAAAGCACCUGGAACAACGGCUAAAGCUGAUGGCAAGUGACAUGAUUGAAUCUUGUGUCAAAAGAACCAGGAUUGCAUUUGAAGUUAAGCUGCAAAAAACCAGUCGAUCAACAGAUUUUCGAGUCCCACAGUCAAUAUGCACCAUGUUUAAUGUUAUGGUUGAUGCCAAAGCUCAAUCAACAAAACUUUGCAGCAUGGAAAUGGGCCAAGAGUUUGCUAAAGAGUGGCAUCAAUACCAUUCAAAAAUAGAUGAACUAAUUGAAGAAACUGUUAAAGAAAUGAUAACACUCUUGGUUGCAAAGUUUGUUACAAUCCUGGAAGGAGUGCUGGCAAAAUUAUCCAGAUAUGACGAGGGGACUUUGUUUUCUUCUUUUUUGUCAUUUACCGUGAAGGCAGCUUCCAAAUAUGUGGAUGUACCUAAACCCGGGAUGGACGUGGCCGAUGCCUACGUGACUUUCGUCCGUCACUCUCAGGAUGUCCUUCGUGAUAAGGUCAAUGAGGAGAUGUAUAUAGAAAGGUUAUUUGAUCAAUGGUACAGCAGCUCCAUGAACGUGAUCUGUACCUGGCUGACGGACCGGAUGGACUUACAGCUUCACAUUUAUCAGUUGAAAACACUAAUUAGGAUGGUAAAGAAAACCUAUAGAGACUUCCGACUGCAAGGAGUCCUGGACUCAACCUUAAACAGCAAGACCUACGAAACCAUCCGGAACCGUCUCACUGUGGAGGAGGCCACAGCGUCUGUGAGCGAGGGCGGGGGUCUGCAGGGAAUCAGCAUGAAGGACAGCGAUGAGGAAGACGAAGAGGACGAUUAGAACGCUUGGGCCUGGAGUCCACUAGGACAGAGUCUUGUAAUCAAUGCAUGUCCUUAGUCUGUUAGUUAACCCCAUUAUGGAAUUUUCUGUCAACUACCAUGCCAUGAGAUGUGUACUGAUACAACUGCCAUUUUAGCUACGUGGUACCGAGAUUAGCAAACGACCUUCGACUCUACGAUUUCCCGAAUCCAUGUCUAUAUGUUUACAAGCAAUAUGGAGCACCAUUCUUUAAAUACCGUUUAUGGAGAAUACAUAGUUCAGUUGCUAGGUGUAUCCCUGUUAUCAGCAGAGUUCAAUGAUGCUUUGUCAACGUGCUGUGUGAGCGUCGACAGUAAAUGGAUGUGAGGGCGAGUACGCCAGGUACUUUCUUUGUUUCCCAUAUGUGGAUGCCAGUUACUUAAAUAAGUACAAUAAAUGAAUUUAACUAAGACACAUAGAUCUGCUUUGUUUUUUGAAAAACAGAAGGCAAGUCUCCAGUAACCAACUUUCAGUUCUUUCUGUUCCCCUAAAACUGAAAAAUGAACCCUUGGUGUCCUUGUUAAGCCAUCCUUUUAUUUAUCCAGAUAGUUACCCAAAAAAGGAUGGCUACAUACCAAUGGAUUGAUCCUCCUCAUUGCCACGGCAAGGGCGAUCCUAUCAUAACAUCCAGCACAGUUCAGAGCGACUGUCUUCUAUCAAAGUUCAUCCUAUUAAACGUUACGUUUUGCUUUUAUGGUUCAAUAACCGUGUAUGUUAAAAAAAGAAAAGACCUGAAUAUUUAAAUUAUGACCCUAGACUAUAAAUGUGUUUAUAAUAAGACAUGGAUAUUUCCUUCAGUAGAUUGUAACCAUAAUUUAAAUUAUUUUGUUCCACACUUUUUUAUAUCUGUCAUGUACAUUGCAUUUUGAUCUGUAACUGCAUGACCCUGGGGUCCUCUGCAGAGCUCUUUCUUUCUGUGUAAAGUAGUAGAUCCAUCUUGCUUUUGCCUUAUAUAAAGCCUACAGUUAGGAAAGUGUGGAAAACUGUGGCUUCUCAAUAAAUAACUGUUCAAAUGUCCCAAGAA